AUGUUACGUGCUGGUUUAUUGAUUUUGUUCUGUGUGCAGUUGGUGCCGCAAGUGGAGCCUGCAAGAAUAUUGGGCAUAUUCCCCAUGCCGUCUAUCAGUCACCAGGUGGUGUUCAGAGCGUUGAUGUUGGAGUUAGCUAAACGUGGCCAUGAAUUGGUUAUUAUCACACCGAAUCCCGCGCUGCCCAAAAACAGGCCCCCGGACAACAUUACUGAAAUCGAUACUUCGGAAGCAUAUCAAUGGAUCAGUUGGAUAUUUAAAGAGUUUGGAGGUGUUUUGAAGAGAGGAGCUAUUAUGGAUAUGGAUGUAGCGCUCCAUGACGAUCUAUUAGCAGGUAUGCUGGAAAUAGUGAUACACGAAUUCAAUCUACCUGAAGUACAAAAACUCUUAAAGGACAAAUCACAAAAGUUUGAUCUCGUGUUCUUGGAAGCGAUAGGUAACUACCACUUGGUAGCCUCCCAUAUAUUGAAUGCGCCAGUAAUACUCUUUUCCUCGUUCUGUGGAUACCCAGAGCAUUUAGAAGCUAUGGGCGCUGUCAGCAUUCAUCCCUUAUAUUAUCCAAAUUUUUUUAGACAGAAAAUGAGAAACCUUUCUUUCUUGGAAAAGAUAAGACAAACAUAUAUAGAAUAUAAAAUAUAUCACAUCGAAAGAAUAAAACGACAAAAAGAAAACGAAGCACUAAGGAAAACAUUUGGUCCAGACGUUCCCAGCAUAGAAGAAAUGGAGAAAAACGUACAGAUGUUGUUUUUGAACUCGCACCCAAUAUUCUCUAACAACCGGCCCGUCCCUCCCAGCGUGGUGUACCUAGGAGCUCUGCACCUGCAGCCUGUUAAAGAAUUGCCCCAGUUUGACGGUGAAGAUCUGCCCAAGUUGUCGAAAAAUGUCAAGGUGCAGAAAUGGUUUCCUCAGAGAGACUUAUUAGUUCAUCCUAAGAUCAAAGUGUUCGUAACGCAAGGAGGUCUGCAGUCCACGGAUGAGGCCAUAGACUCGGCAGUGCCUCUCGUCGGCAUACCGAUGAUGGGCGACCAGUGGUACAACGUCAACAAGUACGUCGAGCUCGGCAUCGGCGAAGAGCUCGACUCGUACACCAUGACGGCUGAUGACUUGGUCAACGCAGUCAACAAAGUCAUCGCAAACGAAAGUUACAAGAAGAACGUAGAGAGGCUACGCGAUGUGAUGAGAGACCAGAAGGAAACACCCCUGGAGCGCGCCGUGUGGUGGACGGAGCACGUGCUGCGUCACGGCGGAGCGCACCUUCGCGCCGCCUCCGCGGGCGUCACCUGGAGCGAGUACCUCAUGGCCGACGUCAUCGCUGUGGUCACAGCCGUCGCGAUCCUGGCGCUGGCGCUGCUUGUGUGCGCGUGCCGAGUCAUUGUUAGAGCGACUCACCGAAGUGUUACAGUCAAACCCAAACAAAACUAG